GGUGGGGAUGCAUGCGCCAGGCUGGCUAGCCGGCCUCCUCCCCCGCGGCAGCCCCUCUUCUUCCUGCUGUUCAUUUAUUCUCUUCCUCUGCAUAUCGAACAGCGAACAGCGGGGUGCGGACUGGGGAAGGACAGAGCGCUCGUCCCUUGUUCCCUGAGCCGCUGGGCUGGGGCUCCCGGCUCUCGGGUGAUGUGCUGUCUGCGCCUCGCGCCAAGCUGCUCCGCCAGGCUGGGGCCCAGCGUGGACGCCACGGGACUGCUGAGUCUUGAAAGACCGUGAAGCGCUGGCCGGCGUCGGGGCCCUUGCUGGACCACGGGAGUGGGAUGGAGGCGGCGAGAGGGGACGGGGAGUAGCCGGCGCCUUGGUUCCCCCACCACCGGUGGCUCCCACUUCUGUCACUGCCCUGGCGCUCCGCAGAGAGGGGGCGCGGCGGGAGGGGCCUCCGGGGCUGCCAUGGAGGUGCCCGAAGUCAAGGACUUCCAGUGGAAGCGCCUGGCGCCACUGCCCAGCCGCCGGGUGUACUGCGCCCUGCUGGAGACUGGGGGACAGGUCUAUGCCAUCGGGGGAUGCGAUGACAAUGGUGUCCCCAGGGACUGCUUUGAGGUCUACUCCCCCGAGGCCGACCAGUGGACCGCCCUGCCCCCGCUGCCCACAGCCCGGGCUGGGGUGGCCAUCACCGCUCUGGGGAAGAGGAUCAUGGUGAUUGGGGGUGUGGGCACUAAUCAGCUGCCUGUGAAGGUUGUGGAGAUGUACAACAUCGAUGAGGGCAAGUGGAAGAAGAGGAGCGUGCUGCGCGAGGCCGCCAUGGGCAUUUCUGUCACGGCCAAAGAUUACCGAGUGUACGCGGCAGGUGGGAUGGGCCUGGACCUCCGUCCACACAACCACCUUCAACACUAUGACAUGCUCAAGGACAUGUGGGUGUCGCUAGCACCCAUGCCCACCCCGAGAUAUGCUGCCACCUCUUUCCUUCAAGGUUCCAAGAUCUAUGUGCUGGGAGGACGACAGUCCAAGUACGCAGUCAAUGCCUUUGAGGUCUUUGACACUGAGACUCGCUCCUGGACCAAGUUCCCCAGCAUGCCCUGUAAGCGGGCCUUCUCCAGCUUUGUGACCCUGGAUGACCGCCUGUACAGCCUGGGAGGCCUGCGGCAGGGCCGGCUGUACCGACAGCCCAAGUUUCUCCGGACCAUGGACGUGUUUGACAUGGAACAGGGGGGGUGGUUGAAGAUGGAACGCUCCUUCUUCCUCAAGAAGCGGCGCGCAGACUUUGUGGCCGGCUCUCUGAGUGGACGGGUCAUAGUGGCUGGCGGCCUUGGGAACCAACCCACUGUCCUGGAGACUGCGGAGGCGUUCCACCCUGGGAAGAACAAAUGGGAGGUGCUCCCGGCCAUGCCCACGCCCCGCUGCGCCUGCUCCAGCGUCGUGGUCAAGAACUGCCUCCUGGCUGUGGGGGGUGUCAACCAGGGUCUGAGUGACGCGGUGGAAGCCCUGUGUGUCUUGGACUCCUAGCUGUACCCGGCCCAGUGCCUUUGCCCUGGACCUGAUCACCAGACUCCUGACGAGAGGAAUGCUGUUGUCCAGACGAUCUGGGCUACUUCCAGAUGCCACCUCCUAUCAGCAGCCAGUAGGGCCAGGCUCUGGGGCUCAAGUUGCCUCCCUCCAGCUCCUAACCCUCCCAAUACUAGGAAACCCUAAGAAGUCCCAGUGAUCACCAGCCCUGGGUUGGAGCUCAGCGGACUUCUGGGGAGAGUCCUCACUCUGCUCAAGCAGAGCAAUGCGCAACUAUCUGCUACCUGCCCUUCCGUGAGGCCCAUCGCUCAUCUCCAACAGAGUUCUGACCCGGAGGGUGAGCUGCUGCUUCUGUCCUUCCCCCAGGGCUCAGCUAGUUUGAGGAUCUCUUAGGAGGAAAAUGGAGAAGGGCUGCGGCUUCCCCAAUGCCCCCGCGCUCCCUUGGUCUACAUCCCCUUCCCGCUGGUGGUCAGUUCUCCCCUGGACCUCAUCUACUCAGCAAGAAUUGGCCGUUGAGCUAGGGACAGCUGAACUGGAAGGGAAGGAUUGAACCCACGCCUCUCCAGGGUCCUCCCGGGCCAGUGAUGCUGGGGAAGGAACAGACUGCAGCCCGUGCUCCACUCACUCCGCCCCUCCUCCUGCCGCCCCUUAUCCCACUAGCCCCAGAGUGUUUCUGCGUGAAACCUCAUUUACACUGUGGCAUCAAAAUCCACAGAGGACCGAUGAAUUGCACUCUGGUUAACAGCAGCAGCACAAGAAU